AUGUGGGUGGGGUGUUUGUGGGUGGGGGGUGGUUUGUUGUUUGGUUGGGGGGGGGGUUUUUGUGUGGUUGUUUUUGGGGUGGUGGGGUGGGGGUAUUUUUUAUUUUGUGGGGGGGGUGUGGGUGGGGGGUGUUUUUUUUGGUGGGUUUGUGGUGGUGGGGUUGGGGGGUGGUGGGGUGUGGUGGGGUGGGGGUUGGGGGGUGUGGGGUGGGGGGGGGGGUGUGGUGUGGGUUGGGUGGUGGGUUGGGGGGGGUGGGGGGUGGGGUGGUGUUGGGUGUGGUGGAAGAGGGUGGAAUAG